AUGACUUUUGUUGCUCCAAUAUGUCACCGCAGGCCUAGCUUUGGAAGAAAAUCCGCUCUUGAAUGUGGUCGUGUAGCCAACGGCAUUAGUGCGCCGAUUUCAGGGCUGAUGGCAGCCAAGACUGAGACACGCGAGGCGACCAAGGACUGCGCUACGCCACAACGACAAUUUCCUAGAAUGCGGUCUACAACGCUGAAUAUUCAAAAACAAAAGUUGGAAGCGGAACGAUGUAUACCGGAGAAAGUCGGUAAACACGCCAAGAGGAUAGACGCGGCAUUGCCUGGAAAUCACACUCGGCUGCUUUACGACGAACUUCCAUGGAAAGAACGCAGCGUUCUGGCCCAGCCAGAUGCAGCAACCGAGUACAGAGAAGUAAUGACCCGGUGUACGGAUACACUACGAGGAAACCUCUCGUUCUACUUGGGAGGAAAAUCGCCGUCAGACGGGCCCAAGUGGGAGCCAAAUAUGAGCGCUGUACGAGCAACAAUACGGUUUGUAAUGGCCACAGCCCGUCUUGAUAACUAA